AUGGUCCAAACUGCCACGUUACUUUUGAAAUGUUUCCUGCUACUGGUAUUUUACGUGGAGGUCUCGAUACCGCAGCAAGCGACUGCCCCUUGGUACGAGAACCUGCCGGCCGUCGCGAUGGACUACAAAGUUUACAUAGAAGCUGGCAAGGAGGACUGUUAUUUCCAAUAUGUUAACCCGGGGGCGACGUUCUACGUGAGCUUCCAGGUGGUGAGAGGGGGCGACGGGAUGGCCGGGUUCGCGGUGAGACACCCCACCGGCCAGAUCGUGCACCCCUAUCAGUGGAAGCCCAACAGCGAGUACCAGGACCAGCAGUCGAUGGGGGGUUAUUACUCGGUGUGCAUCGACAACCAGUUCUCGAAAUUCGCCGCUAAGCUGGUUAAUAUAUACAUAACCGUGGUUCGGUACGAUUUGUGGGAAUUGUACACCAAGGAGAUUGAAUCGUUGAACAUGAAUAUGGAGAACUUUACGUCUACUAUAGUGGGCGUCGAGAGGAAUAUUAACAACAUGUUGCAGUACCAGCACCAUACGAGGGGCAGGGAAGCUUGGGAUUUCAAUUUGUUGCAGGAUAACAAUUCGUACGUUGUUAGAUGGUCUUUUAUUCAGAUUUUUGUCGUUGUAAUGACGACGGCUGUGCAAGUUUAUUUCGUGAGGAAGCUGUUCGAUAUCAAAGUCGGCGGUUCGAAAUCGAGAAUUUGA